UUUAGAACGAACAAUGGAAGAAGAUGAAAAGGAUAUGGAUAUGGAGAGAAGUUGCUAUUGAAAUCAAUUGAAUCGAAUAAUCAAAAUCGAAUCGAAUGAACGAUGGAUGGAUGGGUAGGGUAGGGUAGGGUAGGGUAGUGUGAAAUGGAGCAGAGCCUAAAAAUAGCCGACGAUGGCGAUUGGAAAUCGGAGCUCCACACGGAAUGUAUUUAUGGAUGAAAUUACAAAGCGAAUUAGUCGUUUGAAAAAGGUAAAUAAAUAAGAUUCGUGAGUUUUUCCUUUCUCCGGUGACGGAAUCGUUCGCUCUCCCGCUCUCCCGUUGCCGUUUCCUUCUCCCUGAAUGCCUCACCAGUGUUCAGGGUUCACCCGGCGCGAUUCGAUCCUUUGUUGUAUCUGUGAGGUUUUUAGGCUUGCGAAGCUGCAGUGGAAGGACAUUUCUGUUAAUUCAACAUUUCUGUGACGUUUUUGUUUCAUGAGUAUUGACAUUUUUAAUUCUUUCUUCUCAAACUGCUUCUUCAUGAUCAUGAUUUAUAUGCAUAUCUGGAUUCAUGCUAUCUAAAUGAUUUAGGCUGAUGAUAUAUUUGGAAGGUUGUUUUUGAUUCCAUUUUAUGUUUUGAAUCUCCAUUUUCGCCAAUUUUGCUGUUGAUGGAGAAGCAUUGAAAUCACAAGAAUGGCAUCAUCCUAGUUUUGGCGAUUUUUGAGCAGAGGAGCGAAGGUCUAAAAUAAGAUGGUGUACGGAGAUUAGCACCAUGGUUCUAGAUGUUGAUUUUUGCAGCCUUUUAAAUGCGAAUUUCAAAUGUGUGAUGUCUAAUCUCCCAGGGCAGACCAAGAUUCUUGUAAUCCCUUAAAAGAAGUCGGACGUUCCAUAGUAUGCAUAGUAGCAGUUAUUAUCUUCUCCUGCCACGAGUCUCUUCGAGAUGGCUGUAGCGGUAGAUCAAUGUCACGGAUUCAAGCCAUUUGCUCGACCGCCGAGGUACAAACUCCAGUCAUUCAGUCAGGUCGAUUACCAAGCGCUAGACUUCGGUCCUAUAGGCAUCGCAGAGUCUCUGGAACACGCUUUCGAGUUUUCUAACGUUCACAAGAGCUUCUCCACUCCAUGCCUGUUGUCGUACUCUUCUCAUCAGCUGAAAGACGACGCGCAUCCGAGGAUCGAAAUCAUUUCCGGCCGUAACGAGCCGAGAAUCCGCGCUCUAGCUGCCGAAGUCGCCAUGGCUCUGGCCUCUCGUGUCAAUCCUGAACCGAUAUCGAAAGGCCUCGGCGGCGCGUACCUUUUCCGCGCCUGUAAUGGUGACACCAUUGCCGUCGCGAAGCCCACAGACGAGGAACCUCUGGCCUUCAACAACCCUAAAGGACUAGUCGGGAGGAAGUUGGGACAACCCGGGAUGAAAUGCUCGAUCAAGAUUGGUGAAACCGGCGCGCGCGAAUCGGCUGCUUAUUUCCUUGACCACGAUGGCUUUUCUGGCGUACCUCCGACAGGUUUGGUUACGUUCUCGCAUGUCAAGUUCAAUUCGAAUGGCGCGGGAUUGGAUUCGACGCCGGCUGCUCAUCUGAAGAUCGCUUCGCUUCAGCGUUUCGUCGAUCACGACUCCGAUGCCGGAGAUCUGGGUCCUUCGAGCUUCUCCGUCGCCUCCGUUCAUCGUAUCGGAGUAUUGGACAUUAGACUGAUGAAUCUCGACAGGCAUGCCGGAAACAUUCUUGUGAAGCUGAGAAACGACGGGUAUGCUCGGGGAACCGCCGAGCUCGUGCCUAUCGAUCACGGAUUUUGCUUGCCGGAAUAUCUCGACGACCCUUAUUUCGAGUGGCUACACUGGCCGCAGGCUUCAAUACCUUUUUCGGAGACGGACGCGAACUACAUUUCGUCGCUCGACCCGUACAACGACGCGGAGAUUCUGCGAACGAAGCUUCCGUCGCUGCGGGAGUCGUCCAUUCGAGUUCUCGUCGUCUGCACGAUUUUUCUGAAACGAGCAACGGCUUACGGGCUGUGCCUCGCCGAUAUCGGGAUGAUGAUGACCCGCGAGCUCCACGGCGGGAACGAAAGCUUGAGCGUGUUGGAGAACAUAUGCGUCAAAGCAAAAGCGAGCAUGAUCAUCGACAAAAAAAUGUUCGAGUUCGCCGGCGAAUGCAACGUCGACGUCGAUCCGCUGUUCGACUCGAUCCCCGGAGGCUUUCACGACUCGCCGACGAAAGGUAAGCCGUCGAAGAUCCCUCGAAUUUCUCCCGCGGCUGCGACGGAUGAGUCGGGCUCGGGCAAGCGCAACGGCGAGCUAUACCAUUUCGACGAUCACGCUUUCAACAAGCUGCUCGACAGCCGAGACAGCGGCGGGAAAGAUUACGCGAAUCCGAAGGCGGGUAGCUUGGCGAAGAGCCAAAGCUUCGCGGCCCCGAACCACAACCGCGAGGGGCAAUGCAUCACGAUAUCGUUCGGGGAAAUGAACGACGGGGAAUGGCGACUGUUUUUAGAAUAUUUCGAAACGCUUCUUCCGGGGGCGUUUGAGGAGAAGAAGUUCACGGGGUUGUCGAUGAAGCAGCACGCAUCGAGAUCUUCUUGCGUAUUUUGACAUGCGAGUCAAAACCGAAACCGAAGUCGAAAUCGAAAUCGGAAUUGAAGUCAAAUAAUUAUUAUAGAAGACUUUGCAUAUAGAUUAUAGAGAAAAACAAAAGCUAUAUAUAGAAUGGGAGGUGGAAAUGUAGAUAGACAAGGCAAAGGGAAGACAAGAAGACAUCGUUAGUCUUGUCUUGUUGGUAGCCUUCGUAGGUCGAUCCUACCCAUGAUAGCUCCACUUUAUAAACAUACAUAUGCAUAUAUAAAUAUAUAUAUAUAUCACUAAUUGUACACUAUGAUAGAAAUUUUAUUUUCUUAUAUUUUUACUUUUUUCACAAUAAAAAAUAAUUUAUAUCAA